CUGUGUUCCAGUGGUGCCUAUCGAUUCCAUGCUAUCACUGGUCAAGCACUCAACCAGCGACUGCAGACCUGUCGGGAUUUGCAGCAGCAGAAUAUCAUCAAUCUCCAACCCCUACAAUCACAGCUAACCGAAGCCUACGGACUCAGUCAAUGUCCAGAUAAUCCAGCAGCGAUUAUCUCCGAAUGUGGUGAUUCCGUACCGUGCCAGUACGAUUACACCACUCUCAACGCUAAGGUGAUGGGUGUGAAGAUCAAGGAGGAGUGGAAUGUGUUUACUACAGAGCGAAUCGAUGCGACAAGAUUCUGUAAGUAUCAAUGGAGUAUUCAUGUUAUUUUUAGUUUAUUCUGUAUUUUUACACCACUGGUAAGACUUAUGGCCUGUGUUUACAACCCUCCGGAGCUGCGCGUUUUUUUUUUUCGCUUUACAUCGCAAUUUUCCCGGACAGUGCAUGUAAUAAUAGAGUUAUACAGUGUUGCAAUUUUUCACGCUUACCACGGACCUGUGCAGACGGGGUCAAGUCACUUGUCGCCUCUACCGAGGUAA